AUGGGCGUCUCUUUGGAUUGGGCGGGGUUCAUACACCUGCGCCGGCAGCUGGCGGGGCUGCGUCGCCUGAAGGGCGAGGGCGCGGGCCGGAAGCUGCCUAUCCGGCCCCCGCUCCUCUUGCGCAUGGCCGCGGUGCUCCCCGGGGGCAGCCGCUGGCACGCGCUGUUUGUGUGCUGCGUCGUUGGGGUGCUGGGCAUGCUGCGCCGCUCCAAUCUGGUGCCGGGCGCGCUGUCCCUGUUCGGGCAGGAAAAGCACCUGACGCGCGCAGACAUCACGAUUGACGGGGCUAAGUACGCGCUGCGCCUGCGCGGGUUCGUGGGCGCGGUCCCGGCCCCGGCCGACGCCCCUGCGUUCAGCUAUUUCGACGACGCCGGGGCCCUGCGUUCUUUGUCGUUUGACGCUCUGGCCGCGGGCAUCAAGCACCUGGUGGCGGCGGUCGGUUUGGACCCGGCCAGCUACUCCACUCACAGCCUUCGGCGCGGUGGCGCCACCUGGGCGUUUGAGCACAAGGUGCCCACGCUCCUCAUCAAGGCGACUGGGGACUGGAGCAGCGAUGCGUAUGAGGCGUACCUGACUCUGGGCCCGGGCGAGAAGCUGCA